GGGUAUAUUCAAAACAAACGAAACUUGUUUGAUUGGCUGAGGUGUUGGAGGGCGCGGGCGGUGAUUGGCUGGCGCCGCCGAGCCCGGCUCUCAUUGGUCGACCCCGGCCAGGCCUGCGUCACACUCACUCCUCACAAACAAUACUCUCUCUGAAUUUUCCGAUUUUACCGACGAAGGCGGCGUAUUUCUCCUGGCGAAGUGGUGUGCGUGUGCGCGAGUGUUUUGGCUGAGCGAGGAGGGCGCGAGGAGAGCGGGCAAUGGCUAUCUCGCCUCGCAAACGGAGUGUGGAUGGGCGUCUCAAAUCCAUCCCUAAAGGAGGGAAAAAGGAAUCUGCUGAUGAUGAAUGGCUCCCUGCAACAAAUUACCUGUCGGCAGAAUCUCAAUCUUUAUCGAAGAGAGUGGUUGGCAAGAGAAGCCCAGUUGUUGCUUCAAAGGCCAAGAGCAGAGAAGUGUCACGUCCGAAUCGCAGACAGACCCUGAUACUGAAGAGGAUAGAUGUUCCUUUGAAUUUUGAAAUUACUUCACCAGCUUCCACCAUUCGAAAAACACGAAGGCAGUCAAUGGCUCAUUUCGGCAAGAGAGAGAGUGUGCAAACAAAUCUUCAGACCACCAAACUACCAGUGCCAAUAGAUGACAAAUUAAGUCCAGUGAAGAUUUCUAAAGUUAAACUGCCACCUAGUAAACCACCUCCAGCCAGAAAAAUCGUCUCCAUGCCAGAUAUGAUAAAGACAGACAGAUCAGUUACAAGAGUGCAGGAUACAAAGGGUGACACGAAACUGCUUAGACAAAAAUCCAGUUGUUCGCCCGACAAACAAACCUAUUAUACUCGCCAUAGGUCACUUCGAUCGUCUAGCAGUGUGCGUGCCGAGGGAAACAAGAAGAGAAAGGUUGAAGCGGAAGUUACAGAGCAGUUUCAGAUUGAACCAUCAUCAAAGAGGAGGAAGCUAGGACCAUCCUUGAAUAAAAAUUUAGAAAUUGGGCAUAUGGUCAGAUCAUCAUUGAAGCUUGUAAAGGGAAAGGCUUUAACCUAUUCACCGAAACCCGAAAGAAAGAAUGCAGCCCAAUCACCAAAACUCGAAAGAAAGAAUGCAGUCCAAUCACCAAAACCUGAAAGAAAGAAUGCAGUCCAAUCACCAAAACCUGAAAGAAAGAAUGCAGUCCAAUCACCAAAACCCGAAAGAAAGAAUGCAGUCCAAUCACCAAAAUCCGAGAGAAAGAAUGCAGUCCAAUCACCAAAACCUGAAAGAAAAAAUGCAGUCCAAUCACCAAAACCCGAAAGAAAGAAUGCAGUCCAAUCACCAAAACCCGAAAGAAAGAAUGCAGUCCGAUCACCAAGACCCGAAAGAAAGAAUGCAGUCCCAUCACCAAAACCCGAAAGAAAGAAUGCAGUCCGAUCGCCUAAACCCGAAAGAAAGAAUGCAGUCCGAUCACCAAGACCCGAAAGAAAGAAUGCAGUCCCAUCACCAAUACCCGAAAGAAAGAAUGCAGUCCAAUCACCAAGACCCGAAAGAAAGAAUGCAGUCCGAUCACCAAAACCUGAUAAAAGAGCUGCUCUCCAGUCACAGUCACCAAAACUGGAACAGAAGGAUGCAAUCCAAUCAUCUAAUCUUAAGAGAAAGAGAGAUGUAAGCCAGUCACCAGAGCUGAAGAAAUCCAGGGGUGCAAGUCGGGCACUGGAGCUAAGAAUGAAGGAUACUUUGGAAACGUCUAAGCAAGAGAGAGAUUCGAGUAUAUCACUAAACCCUACAAUGACUAAGAAUACAAAAAAAUCGCCAAAACUCUUGAGGACAAGGGAUAAGUCACCAGAACUUAAAAAAGCAGUGAGUGUAAAUAAAUCACCGAGGAUUGCAGUCCGGUCACCAAAGAUAACACGAGCAGUCAGCACAAUACAAUCGCCAAAGAUUACAAGAACAAAAAGUAUUACCCUGUCUCGAAAAAUUAACAUAGUUAAAUCUCCGAUCCCGUCCCCUGUCAAUCGGAAGAAUUCAUUAGGCAUAUUAAAGAGCUCCACCACUCAUUCUCGGGCAGAGGUAAGCAUUAACAGUACAGCUGCACUCCAUGAAAAUAUAAGCCGUAGUAUUGCAAGGGUUAUCCUCACAAGGCCAGUAAGAAUGAAUACAGCACCAUCUCCACGCCCUAAAUUACACUUGAAAACAGUUUCAACACCAUCACCUAAGCCUCCAAGAAUGACAAGGUCUAGUACCAAAAGUUCUAAAAGGGUUAGAAUAGUUUCGGCUAGUCCAGAAUCGUUUAGUGCCGUCAGAAAGACCCCAUCUUCUAAGAGGAAACUUCAAUCAAAACCAGAUAUUGAUAUAGGCUCCACUCCAGUGCUACCAUCUGCCCGUGUUCAACUACAGCUCCUAAGACGGUCAUCUCCUCUGCGAACCACAUGCAAAGCUUCUAACGGAAAGGUUAAACCCUUUACUCCGAAACCUGAUCCUCUGCCAAGCCAUAUAUUGAAGCAAACACUAAAGAAGAAGGUGGAUUAUGAGAGGGAGACUGUAACACAGAUGAAAGACAUUGGUCUGGAUAAUGGAGAGUGUGGCACCCCAAAUCAGGAGAGUGAAGACCCAUUGGAUAUCCCAAGUACUCCAUUCUCAACUUCUAACUUGCCUCCAACACCAAAAUCCUCACGCCAGCAUCAAAUCUCUCGUGUUGACAGAUGGUGUGUGGUACCACGCAGAGCAAUAAAUGAGAAUGUGACUUCAAAGUCCACCUUAUUCUCAUCAGUAAAUGUGUGUAUGGAAUCAUCACAGGCUUUAGAUAAGCCUACGUGUGAGCAAACUUUACCUUUGUGCUCGGCAAUUCCGCGAAGUAGCACACCCAUUGAAGACUCCUCAAGAUUGGAUUGUUUUACUGCAGAUACUACUGUGAAAGAUUCAACUACAGAGUGUGAAGCAGACUCAUCGGUUGAGUUUUCUAACACGUGCGUAUCGGACAACAAUGAGGAGGAGGAUGAUGGCAGUGAUGAUGGUGAUGUUUCAGGAGAGAGUGGGGGUGAGGCCACAUCACCACCACAAAGUAGGAAAAGCUACUGCAUGGUAAUGUAGAAUUGCUGAAGUUGACAUAAUCAUUUGGUUUAUAAAAGUAUUGCUAAGGAUAUAGUUUUUCCCUAGUUGGGGCUUGAUUUUUAGAAGGUUCAGGCAAUCCUCUCUCACCCCCAAGCAUAUAUCUUUUCAUAGAAAAUGUAUUCCUUUAGAGGUGAAAUAAGUUAACAUUUAUCUUAAUGAAGGUAUUUAAGAGUGCCCCUCACUAAGUGCUCAACAUGAAUAUGUUGAAUGAGGCUUUGUUUACUCAUACCAUGCCGUCCAUUCAUGACAACACUUGCCAUUAAAAUUAUAAAUACUAUUUUAUUUGCAUUUUGACGAGUUGAAGUAUCAUGCGUGUCAUAAGUUGAGCUAUGUAUUGAUUCAACAUAUGGCUUGGCCAUCAGUCUACUGGAUACAAGGGGCAAUUUGAUCUCAUUAUUGGAAGACAGGAGUAAGAGUUACUGUAACAGUUCACCUCAUCAAUGUAAACUGAGCAUAUAUAUACUGGGAGCUGUUAUAUGCAGUAGUGCCCAACUACUUGGGGCUGGACGGUAGAAAGACGGUCUCGCUUCUUGCAGGUCGGCAUUCAAUCCCGGACCGUCCAUGUGGUUGGGCACCAUUCCUUUUCCCUCAUCCUAUCAUAAAUGUUUAUACUGAUCCCUUUCAAGUGCUAUAUAGUUGUAAUGGCUUGGCACUUUCUCCUGAUAGUUCCCUUCUAUGCAGUAGUUCAAGAAUAUGGUUAUAAUAAUUACCAUUUUCAUGUGGUAAGUUUUCUAAAUCUGUAUAAUAGACUUAAGGUCUCACAAGACAAGCCUGGUGCCAGGGGGUAGAAGAACUCCCAGAACCCCCAUCCAGGUAUAAUAUUAUACUCCAAAUUAGUUUUUUUUUUUUUUUUUGUAUGGCAUAAAUCACAUUAGGAGGUUCCCAACUUAAGUAGUUGCUCUUUUUGUCAUGGAUGUUUGUGAUUCUUUUUAUUUUUAUUUAUUUUUCAUUUUGUUUUAUAUAUUUAUAUAUACAAGAGUUCUUACAUUCUUGUACAAAAGUGUGCAUAUUAUUUAUAGUGGAUUGUUUUCAUCUUAUUUCACUUAUAUAAUACAAUAGGGGUCAGUUUUAAUUUAAUUUUCACAAGCAUUGCAGAUUUGUAUACAAAAACUAUCAGUUUUGAAAUUCAUUGCAGGGAAAAAGAAAGAAGCUUGCAUAUCAUUCUCCAUUUUUAAUUGUCUGGAAAAAAAUGUAACUUUUAUUUUGUGCUUGUAAAACAAGUUCACAUUUUCUUACGUGAAAUGAGCAGCAACUUUUAGAUGGGCAGAAAUGGCAUAUGGUAGCCUGAAACUGUAGUUGUGAAGUAAUGUUUUUAGAUUAUAUCUUUAUUGUAGUUUUAAAUGGAUCCAUUGGUCAUAUUAGGUGACAAUUUUUCUGUCACCGGAUAAUUUUCUAAAAUAUUAAAUGUGAAAGGACUGCACAAAGUGCUAACUGAA